UGCAACGCAUGUUUCCCCACCGCCGAAGCCCUCAGCGAACACGUCCGCGAUGCACACGUCGGCAGCCGAAAAGCAAAAUACGAAUGCCGCUGGCUCGGCUGUGACCGUCUCUGCGACGAACGUCCCUUCACCCAACGCCAGAAAAUCCUCCGCCAUCUCCAAACGCAUACAGGCGACCGACCUCACAAAUGUCCCAUCUGCGGGCACAGAUUCGCAGAAGAAGGAGUGCUAAAACAACACAUGCGAACCCACACCGGCGAACGGCCCUUCGUCUGUUCAGUCUGCUCCAAAUGCUUCUCAGCCUCCACCGCACUCUCCGUCCACAUGCGUACUCACACAGGCGACAAACCCCUCGUAUGCAAGUUCCCGGGCUGUGGAAAACGGUUCUCGGAGAGUAGUAAUUUAGCGAAACACGUUAGGACGCAUACGAGCGAGAGGCCGUAUAAGUGUCAGGUUGCGGGGUGUGGGAAGGCAUUUCAGAGGCCGGAUCAGUUGAAGAGACAUGCGAAGGUGCAU